AUGGUCAUGUCUUCUGUAGACAAGUACGUCUUCGCCUCAGGUCACGACAUACCGGAACUUGACAUUCGUACCGUGCCCACACCAGAGAUGAACCGCAUUGCACACCGUUCUAGUGUCGACAAAGCACUUAUGUACAUCCGCAAUGAGUAUGUUCGGAGGCUAGCGAAAGUACCAGGCAAACCUAUUCACCUGUUCAACGUGGUAGACAAAACCACACCCUCACUGCGCUUCCGGUACAUCUCCGAAUACGUCCUAGACGAGCAACAAGGCGUCUACCGCGCAUCAGUCGAAACACAACAAGGCUGCCAAAAAUGUUCACCCCAAAUGGGUCGUGACAUCGGAUGCGAAUACACAAGGAAAUGUGACUGUCUAGAGUACGCAGCAGUGGAUGAGAGUCGUCUGGAUGAAGAAAGCAAGCGAGAAUACCAACUUGCGCUCGAAAACGGAGAUUCAACAAUGGGCUUUCCCAAGAAAUUCCCUUACUUCGCUGAAGGCACGAAACGAGAGAAGACCGGCUGUCUCGUACCUUUCUAUCUUAACUCCCGUCGUCCCAUCUACGAGUGCAACGAUAGGUGCAAAUGCGGCCCCAAGUGUCGUAAUAAGAACGUUCAGUUUGGGCGACAAGUCGAAGUUGAGAUCUUCCGAGCGAACGACGGACGUGGCUGGGGUCUCCGGUGCAAAGAAGAUCUGCACGAGGGCCAGUUCAUCGACACUUACCGCGGUGAAGUCAUAACAGAUGCCGAAGCUACCCGCCGCGAAACCUCGUCUUCAAAAGCAAAGGCAUCCUAUCUUUACUCGCUUGACAAGUUCGCUGAGUCGGAAGGCCUCAAAGAAGAAGACCUCUACGUUGUGGACGGCGAGUUCAUGGGCGGACCGACAAAGUUCAUCAACCACUCAUGUGACCCUAACUGCCGGCAGUACACUGUCUCGUACAACAAGCACGAUCCGAGAGUUUAUAACAUCGCGUUCUUUGCACGAAGGUUCAUUCCAAAGGGCGAGGAAUUGACGUUCGACUACCUCGAUAAGGAAGAGGGGGAGGAGAUGGAUGAGCCGGGUGAGGGGGCGCUUCCUUGUCUUUGUGGCGCGAAGAAUUGCCGCAAGUGGCUGUGGACGUGA